GUUAAUAUCGUUGCCCGCAUUUCAGUAUUUCGAUAGGGCGGGGAAUCCCCCGAAUUUCUUCAGCUCAUAAUUGACAAUCAUACAAGCUGCAAAUGACACCAGUCUCGUUUUUCCACCGCCUGCAUAAAGACACGUACAGUGUCUUUAUUUUUUACCAGCCAGCUAGUGUGAAAACCCCUUUGUAGCACUCUACGCUUACAUACAAAAUGAGCAUAACACAUGAGUCAUUUAAUAUACUGGAUCCAUCGUGGAUGCAGCUGGAGGGAACAUUUGACGAGCAAGUCGUACAGUUGUUUUACCAUGUAACACUUAACAGGGAUGAAGUGGAGAAAGAGCUGCUCCGACUGUUCAAGGACGUGGAAAACACGUUGAGGACCUUUUGGCCAGGAUGUGAAUUAGUGCCCUACGGAUCUCUAUACCAAGGCACAGCGUUCAAGACCAGCGAUGUGGACUGCUUCGUCCAAAUCCCAAUCCUGCACAAAACCGACGCAGACACCAUCGUAUUUACCGCCAGAGACAUUCUCCGCCGCCGUUCUGAUUUAUUUGCACAAAUAUCUGCCGCAUCAAAUGUGCCCGUUCCUAUUGUUAAAUUUUUCCACAUGCCAACCAGUAGAGAAUGUGAUUUGACCUUCGAUUGCCCGCCUGGAGUCAGUAACAGUAAACUGUUGUGGUAUUUAUUCCACUUAGACAAAAAAGCGUUGGAUCUAGCAGUUCUUGUAAAAUACUGGGCAAAAGUUCACAAUUUUACUGGACCGUACCUGCUGAGAACAUACGCUUUGCUGCUGAUGGUGUUUUUUUACUUACAGCAAUUAAGAAUGUUACCCACCAUAUAUGCCCUGCAAAGGAAUGUCCCUUAUGUUUCCUGGAGAGUCUGGAAUGUAGCGUUUCAAGAGAUCAAUUACUCAAAUGUCAAUCACUCAUCCUUGAAACAUUUAUUGGGGGGCUUCUUUAAGUUCUUCAGCUGUUACGAUUUUGAAGAAAACGUAAUUUCUCCUUUUGUGGGAUGUUCUAUUCCGCGGAAACGUUUUAGAAACAUUUCUACUAUUCCAAAACAAUUUUCUUUGUAUGAAAGCAAUUUGAGACUGAAAUUGUGUGAACCAUUUAAUAUAGACAGGCCAAUGUGCGUUCAAGAUGUUUUUAAUCACAGUUCUAAUUGUUCUGUUCUUGUAUUUGAUGAACUAGGGGAAAACAUAAAAAAACAUUUUAGGUUGGCGGCUAAGUUGUAUGAUACAGAAUCAGAUGAAACGUUUCUAAAAGCUAUUUUCACAAAGCACUCAUAUUGAGCCACAGUAGCUUAUGAACUGAACGCCAAACGAUAAAUACCUACGCAUUUAAUAGGUCUGAUAUACUUAGGAGAUGCUUAGGAGGCAAAUUAACAGACGACAAAUCGUUAUAAACCCUUAAAGCUAGGAACAUACUACGCGGACGUCCGCGACCGAUCAGUGUGCACGGUCUUCGGGACGUGGCUUCGGCUGACCAAAACAUCCAGCGAGCCAG